AAGUUUUGAAAAUAAACUUCAUAUAUUGUUAGCAGCACAUACUGAGUCUAUACUACUUCAGCUGACAUGAAAGUCUGGAAACUCUGUCUGUUCUUCUUUCUACGUCUGAGUUCAACACUCGGAGAGGACACAGUGGCAGAAGACAUCGGGGUCCAUCAGCUGGAGCGUUUAGUGGAGAUGCUGACGUCUCAGGAGUGCAAGGACCUUCUGUUCGCCCUCUCUCACCCGGAGGAAAACAUCGUCCAGCACCUUGAGCGCCUUUCACCUGAAAAAAAUCAACUCGAUCUUAAGCGAGCCAAGAGAGACUCCUCUGCUGCUGCCGAUAGUGAGGAGUGGUGCCGGACGGCCCUGACAGCCUGGAUGCUGAGGUUCGGCAAGCAGACCUACUACGACAGGCUUUCCCGCGCCUUGCAGCACAUCGGCAGAACAGACAUUGCCAUCGGUGAGAAACAAAUGGAGACAGAAAGAACACUUGUGCCUCCUGUAGCACUGAAUAAUUCUGUGUGGUGCUACAAAGAAGUAGGGAAGAACAUCAACCAGGAAAAAGCCUUGAACCUGAAACGCUACGUUGAAGAAUAUCACAAAUAUGUCAACUCUUUAAACUUCCCGCUAGAACAACCCGACACCAAGGAGAAACCGCGUGAAGGCCAGACGCUCAGAAAAAGAAGAGUGAGGGAUCUGACAUGGCGUGACCUGGAUCUGAUCGUGGAGCGGGCCCCCGUCGCUCUGUACCAGAAGGGGCCUUUGGAUGUAGCUCUGCCCCUCUUGUAUGGCAUCCUGCUGGGCUUCGGAGGCACCUUGCUCACUGGCGUCGCUAUACUCCUCGUCAUCAUACACGUCUCCAGUGGUAACCAGCAGAGCCGUCACCCCAGGGUCACCAGGAGCAAUCUCAGGGUUGGAGAUGCAGUGUUGGAAGAUGCAGCUUCUGGGAUAAUCGAAAAUAUAAGCAGCUUAGGGGUUUAAAUGGUCAAGAAGCCUUAAAAAUAAAGUGAAUUUUAACAAAUUUAGUGCAUGUACAACUAGUAUACAUACAUAAAUAAAGGCAAAAUAGACAUUC